AUGGACUCUUAUCCCCGUGCUUCAACCAACAGCCAGGCUGCGGCUCGACUACAUAUUGACGCCCUGACUAAAUCCGGGAUAUCGCGCGACGAGCUUUUAUCCGCUCUUUUGGAGGGUUAUAAUAAGGGAGUUCCUUCGACCAUGAUGACACACGGCACUUCUUCCAUCUUCUCAACACAGGAGCAGCACGCUUCGACAAUGAACGAUAUGAGCCGUCACAACUCGGUAUCGACAACCAGCUCGGGGUCAUCAGGAAGGGCAGCAAGCAUUCUAUCAGUGGCAACUUCAACCAGCUCGGUCUCAUCACAUAACAUGUACGACACAACGACUACGCCAUCACUCAAGACAGCACUAUCAGUGCCAGGGGCGAAAAUCAGCAACCGAGGUGCCUCCAAGCCUCAAGGUCCUUACUGGUGCACAUUCUGCAACGUCAGUUUCCAGCGCAAGUUCGACUGGAAGAGACAUGAGGACGAAUUCCACGAGCGACACAAGCGCUACCCAUGCCCGGACUGCAACAGCAUCUUCUGGGGCGCCAACACCUUCAACCAGCACCACAAGAACGCACAUGGAUGCACGACCUGCCCGCACGCCGAGCAAGUGGUUCGGUAUACGCAGCGGAGGACGGGUUGGGGCUGUGGUUUCUGCGGUGCGUUUAUGGGAGCCAGGGACCGGUAUUUCGACCAUGUGGCGCGACACUACGAGGACGGAUGCAACAAGUCUCAUUACAACCACUCUCUUGUGAUCUACGCGCUGCUUCACCAGCCGCUGGUCAGCCAGGCAUGGAAGGAGUUGUUUGCUCAGCUGUACGGACAUAUACCACGCGAUCAGCAGCCGAUUCUGGGGUGGGAUGCGCAAGCGACGGGGCACGCUCAGGGGUUCUUGGAGGGGGACGCUCCGGGGAAGUUGCAGGAUUUGCUCGAGUUUUUCAGGGGCGGGCGAGAGGAGGCAAAACGGCUUGCGAGGUUGAGUCAUGACCAGGCUAUCAUUCGAAGCCGCCAUGGAGUGGCCGUUACGGCGAUUCGGGUACCGGUGCCGAAACCAAGUGUGGAAUCCUUGAGGCCGAGGUCGAAGCGAUCGACAGCAUCGACGGAGUCACUUGGACAUAAGUCGACAUUGCAACAGCAACAGCAGUUCAACAAAUAUAACAACGCCACUAGCGGCAAGACCGCUUUCCCUCAACUGACCUCGAGCCCUACCUCUAACCUACAACACCCACCCCGACACCAUCAACAACCACAACAGCCACAACGACACCAUCAAAUACAACCACAACAAGACCUCCCACUCCAAAAACAACGAUCCUCCUCCCUCCCCUCCACCACCACCACCACCACCCUGGCGACCCAGUUCCCCCUCCCACCAACAAACAAAUACUCCCACCUCCACUCCCACAGCCUCAAAUUCUCCCUACCUGUCGAAACCAUCUACGAAACGCCCGAAGCACCAUCCACGUCAACAAGCGUGGGUUUCUUUGAGAAGACGCUUGCUACCACGACAAACUUGACGGCAACGUCAAAGCAACAGCAUCAACGGGAUUUGCAGGGUCAACAACAACAGCUACAACAACAAAAUAACCAGUUCAUGUUACCUCCUCUUACUCUUUCCACUGAUAGUCUUUUUGGGGAUCUGGAUUUGGGUGGCAGCAACGGCUUUGAGGAUUGGAGCAGUAUUACUAGUACGGUGGUGAACGGGAAUAUGGCAGAUGGAGCUAAUGGGUUUUCCGUUCCGGGGGUUUUGACGGGGUCGGGGUCGGGGGCUGAAGGUGAGGUGAGGUGGUGA